AUGCUAUACAGAAGGCUCCUCGCGGCCGCCGCCCUAGCCGCUGGCUCUGCGGCCCAGGUGGCUCAGUUUGCCUCUAGUGGUCGCCAUACUUUAUCCGUCAACGUCCCCUCUGAUACCGCAUCUUCUGGACAAGGUCCGAUUUAUCUCCAGAUCAGCGCCCCAAGUGGCACGGAAUGGGUCAGCUUCGGACAAGGCUCGAGAAUGUCGGGAGCACACAUGUUUAUUGUAUAUGCUGCCGACAACAAUAAUGUGACGGUCUCGCCCAGACUUGGCACCGGUCACGUCGAGCCCCGCGUGAACUCGGAUGCGCAAGUCUCUGUUCUAGAGGGCAGCGGCGUCACUACUGAGGGCACCUUGGUCGCCAAUAUCCGGUGCGACACAUGUCUGAGCUGGAACGGAGGCAGCAUGGAUCCCACAGAUUCAUCCAGCACUUGGAUCUAUGCGCACAAGUCUGGCGAUGCCCUCUUGUCAACUAGCACGGAUGCCGACAUCUCUCAGCACGACGGCGAAGGCGGGUUCACGUUAGAUCUCACCGUGGGGACGGGUGGCAGCUCUACGAAUCCUUUCGUGGCAGCUUCGGAUGAUUCUUCAUCGUCUGGUGCUUCGGCAAGCGGGUCUCAGACUGCCGGUAGCACUGCUGGAGCUACCGGGACCACUUCAACCACUUCAACGACAGCGAGUGCGACGAGAGGUGUUUCAGAUCCCCUUUCAAGCUUCGACUCAUCAGCAUCCAGUUCAACUGGCACAGCACUUGGACCGGACAACAAGAUUCGAAUCGCUCAUGCCGUUAUCAUGUCGUUGGUCUUCGUGAUCUUGUUCCCUCUCUCGGCAUUGACCAUCUAUCUGCCGUAUAACGAGAAAGUCCGGCACAUACAUGCUCCCAUGCAAGGUGUGAGCUUGGUGUUGAUGAUUGUCGGUCUAGGUCUGGGCAUUGAACUCGCCAGACAGUUGGAUGAACUUUCGGGCUAUCAUCAAGCCCUCGGCUAUGUCGUUGUGGCAUGGUUGGCAAUCUUCCAGCCCGCCUUGGGUUUGAGCCAGCAUCUGCAUUUCCGGAAGAAGGGCACACGCAGCGCCAUGGGACACACGCAUCGAUGGCUGGGUCGAUUCUUCAUCCUUCUCGGCAUUGUCAACGGUGGUCUGGGCUUCCGGCAAGCAGGUCCUGUCGGUAAGGGCCACAGCCCCGUUUGGUCUGUUGUCGUUUACGGCGUGUUGGCUCUCAUCAGUUUCGUGGUUUACAUUGUCAUUGCCUGCCGAUCUCCAGGGGCACCUAAGGGGUCUGUCUCCAAUGGCCUACCGGGCGAGAAGCCGCGGCCCACGACCCGGGGAUAUGAGCUGCACGAUCGCUAA